UAUUCUCCGGCCAACCCAAUAAAUAAAUGUGUAGCAAUAUCUGCAUUACCAUUACGUAACGACGUGCGAUUGACGAAAAUCGCGCGUCCAUCGUUAACUUUUUCUUAAAUGCAUACAUAGGAAUACAUAAAUGACUUAUCGUAUGGCUUACUUUAUUUUUAUGUGGGACAGAUAAGACUUGUUCUCAUUAUUUUUAUUCACCGCUUGCGACCAAAAUAACAUUUAUGCAAUAUGUAAUUUAGACAGAUAAGACUUGUUCUCAUUAUUUUUAUUCACCGCUUGCGACCAAAAUAACAUUUAUGCAAUAUGUAAUUUAAUUUGCUUGAUGCUCUGCUGCACUAUGCUUGUUUGUUAAAUUCGAAACACGAGAAGAGAAGAGACUCGAUAAAAUUAACAUGAUUGAUCAUGCAUUAUCCAAAGGGCGGAGGUCAAGUUGUAUCUGCGACUAUUUAAGUAUAUUAUAUAAAUUGGAAUUCAUCAGCAUUUUGUCAGACAGAGACGUGCAUUAAUUGUUUCGAUAUGGAGCGUUUUCGAAUAUAAACAACUUUAGUUUAAAAGCACACGAAACGAGCUACUUGCAAGACAAAGUUGCGCUGGUAGUAGCAGUUUGCUAUUAAUUCAAUCAUAGUUUCUUACGAAUGUAACCCUCGAGCGAUCGCUGCUCUUCGUGCUCGGUUAAUUAAUCAGCCGUAAGUGCGGCGCACUUCCAUCUAAUCGAAACUAGAAGCUCACUCUUCCUUUCUCCCUCGCAUCGAAUGUUACGGCACAACUGAGCAAAAGGGUUCCGUUUGCCGAGUUGCAGUACAUCGUCGUGUAAAACUUGCAUAUAUUAGCUCCUCGUUCGCUAAGAGCUUCAGGCGAGUUUUCCUCGGCGAAAAAUUGCAUCUUGUUUCCUCGUUAUGUCUCGUUACUCACUUUCUUCUUCCUCCGAAUCAUUUCUUUGCGAAUCCUUUCGGGAACAUCGCGAAUUACAAAGUCGGAUGUUCGAAUUAUUUUAUCAUGGAUGUGGACACAUUUUCUAGAGACGUGAAAAAUCAUAUUUCAACUUUGUUCGUUUAUUAACAGUAUUUGAUAUCAUUUAAUAUUGGCAGUUACUAUUGCGAUUCAGGAAAUUAAUUCUGAUGCGGCCAUUUAUUUGGCUUUGAAAUUCACAGGAUAUUCAUCUCGACAUUCAUGAAAUGACUGAGUACAAAAAUUGGAUUCAUAUUGCUUCCACAUAACACAAUCUGACGAUUACAUGACGAUACGAAAAUUUCAAUAACGUUUAUUUAAUAUCUGUGUUAAUAUUCACCGCAGUCGCAACUUCAUCAAUCCUUCAUCAAUUCCUCGAAAACGCAAAUUCUUUAAUUGUCUACCCAAAAUGAUUAUUCAUGAGAUUUACAAUUGAAUUAAAUAGACAAACAAAGCGCACGAUAAAUAGUUUUACAUAACGUAUUAUAACGCCGAUACCUUUAUUUUAACGCGAUUUGCGCAUAUAAAAUUGUACGAUACAUCAGAAUCGCAGGCCGUAUCUUAUUUGCAGACAGACAUAAGAGAGUAAGCUCGAUACCUCACGAGCGGUCUUCGACAACACCGCGCGACACGACAAUCAGAGGGUUAAUCGAAUAUUUGCUUUGGGCGAUAAGGAGAGAAGAGCGAAAUCGGCCGAUGCCAUAGGAAGAUACAGAAUCGUUAUAACUGACGGUGACGACGACGACGACAAUGAGGCACGGGCACAUGAAAUAUCACGCGGCGCAAAACUCCCGCUGGAUGUUACACUCGCAACCUUGCGCUUGUAUGGUUUUACCUCGAUUAUCCGAUUAUUCGCGUGCACCGCGGCGGGUAUUUUUUUGCGCUUCGUUUGAAUCGCGGGAAACGGUCGAUUAACAAAACGAAAGAGGGAGGAAAAAAAUUGCGGAUAUCGGAUUGUCACAUUGGCCGGAUCGGCUGUCGGGGAAAUUCAAUGCCUCGCCAGGGCGUGCGUACGACUUUUCGCGGUAAAAAUCAUUAUUAUCGGUGUCCUUCGGCCACGGGAUAUUUAACAAACUGCGCAACCCGUUUUCCAUACGGCCGGCCUUCGCAUAGUUAUCCCGUGAUGUAACCGCGUUGAUUUACAAUGUUGCCCGUAAAGAAAGCCCAGCGUAUCUUUUAGUGCUUCGUUCUCGCGAUUUAGACAUCGCAAGAGUCGUAAGAAAACUCGCAACAGCUCGUUAUCCGGAAGGCUUCGCCGUCGAAAACAAAUUCUGCCAACAAUAAAUCAGGCUUCCUCUUUACGAUAUAGAUCGUAAAAGAUGAAAUCCUAUCUGCGCCGUGAUGUCGUUAAAUGGAUUAUAUAUUAAUUAUUAGACUGCGCAGCUCAUGCGAUACGAGUCAAGGAGAAAGAAGGAUGUAAAAUAGCGCAUUCGUGUUUUUCUUGCUUACAAAGAUUAGAUUUAAUUAAAUUCAUUCCAUGAAUUUAAUUAAACGGAUAAAUAUUUAUAUCUCGAAUUUUACAAAUAUUUCUAUGUGAUAUGAAUACAAAUUUCUCAUAUAUUUUGAAUAACUACUUCCUGCAAAUCCAUGCGACUCUAUAAAUAAUGGAGAAAACUUUUCUUUACAACUCAACACAAUUAAUUUCUAAUUAAAUAAUUCAAUCACAAAGAUGAUUGUCGUUACAAGAAUAUUACUGCAAAUUUUUCUCCAUUUCAAACACGCGUUCAAGAGAAUCUGCUUUUCCAUUGCGAUCUGAAAAUCGCAUUGCGCGCAUAAAAAACGCGCAACGUGCUCGUACAUACGCGCUCCGAAAUUUCCACGUUAUCACGAACCGGCCGGUGUGAGCGCGGCCUAAUAAUGGUAUCGUUAUCACACCAGGCGCUCCCAGUACGGAUAGCUGACGCGCCAGGAGCAGUCGCGAGGGGUCGAGAAGCAACGAUUGGUCGUCUCUCGGCGAGAGGGUGAUCGGUCGUUGGGAGUGGAGGGGUAGUGCUCGUCCAGCAGUUCGCAUCCGACUGCCGGUGAGUCGUGUUCCUCCACUGCGUGCUCUUCUCUGUUCCUCGCGCACGCUCACGAUCAUCUUGGCCCCCCUCGCUUCUCGCUUGAUAUCCGGCCCCCGGGUUCGCUGCUGACUCCGAGAUUCUCGCUUCUGGACCGCGUGAUCAUUCGCGCCAGUCAGUUGACAGUCUGGAAGCUGCUCUUGUAGGUGGACGCGUGAUGGAUCUGAUCGUGGUCGCGGCCUCGUCCGGUUGUACUCAGUUCCAGGUGUAAAAACGCUGCUCCCAUGUUGUGCGUGAGUGCAUGCUUGUAGGUGAAUCCAACAAGCAGAACGACAACGGUGCUGAUAAUAUCUGUCUGCUCUUAAAAGAGGUUUCUGUGCUGCUCGUCCGCGCUGAUCGACGAGCGCGUGCAAAGGCGGUCGCAGCAACGACCGGCUGAUGACCUGACCCGGUCGCCUAUCGACUGCCGGGUCACCGCAUUCGGAAUUAAGCCGCUCCGGAGUUACAUUCAGUGUACUUACGGGAUACUGUGUCAAGGUCUUGGACAGAGACGACGAGCCUCAUGACGAUCUCUUUCUCCUGCAACAGUCUUGCCAAGAGAAAGAGGGAGAGGGAGAAGUCAUCGUGAUCAGACUCGUAGCUCCGCAAUCGCGCGCCCUCCGAGAUCUCUCGCCAAUCUGGCACGCAGUGUCAAGGUCCGUGUCAACUUCCGGCGAGGGAACUGCGGCGCGAAACGAGCGCCGGGAUCGCAGCGUGCGCCGAACUGUCAGACUCGACGAGCUCGUGGGAGCAGGUGCACGAAGCAGGAAACGCGUUUGAUCUUGAUUCACUUCCCGAAAGUACUUCAUGCAGGAAACAAUCUUCGUGAAGUGAUACCGUGUUAUUGUCAACCACGACGCGAUACAUCAUGAUCGUACUACGUGUUCUCGCGGAAUGGAAGAUUCAACAUUGAUGUUCUUCAUGAACCAGUCGAUGCUCCGGAAGCUCGAUGACUCUUAAUGUACCUUGCGAAGCCCUCAUAUAUAUAUAUAUAUAGGACCGACUUGAUCAUCAUCGAGAAAGCUAUCAACUGCAAUUAGUCACUGGCGAUCCGGCAGAUUUUUAAUUAACUCGACCGGUCACAAAGACAAAGAGAGACGAGGGCGGGAGCAUUAUUGGAGCACUGACGACGCGUCGUCGUUGGCGGUCGCGUCCCCGGACAACGCUGAUGCUCCCCGACAUGCCGAGUCGACAUCAGGACACUCGCCGCAAGCUACCGUCAUCGUUAUUUAUUGAGUGACUGUAAAAGCUAGGAGAGAUAAAAGAGACAAAUAAAGAUACAUCGAGCUGUUGAUAGUUGUUGGUGGUGCGUGAAAAUCGCGAAGCAACGUUGGUGGAUUCAAGGAUUUCCUGGAGAGGAAACAAUCGCGAUCCUUGCCAGCGCGAUGGCGAACAAAGUCGGGCAGCGAACAUAUCUGCUGAAGCGUACUCCACGAGUGGACGAAUGAGAGAGAGCUCUCCACGAGAGAAACAUAUGCAUCCAAGCGCAUCGUCAAGGUACGACAUGUGGCAGCAACAGCAGCAGCAGACGUGCUUUUGGGGCCUGUCCUCGCAGUAUCCUCAACAACGAAUCGUUCAUCCGGGGAUCAUCGGCACGGAUAACCGCGUGCAUCAGCCGCCGCAGCUUCAGCAUCAUCAGCAACAUCAUCGCGCUGCCAUAAUGAGUCUCCCGCCAAGCAAUCCACGUGCAUCGCGGAACCAGGCGGAAAAACAGCGCCGCGAUAAUCUCAACACGAACAUAUCGACGAUGGCGGCCCUCGUGCCGACCGUCGCCGGAAGUUCAAGAAGAAUGGACAAGAUAUCGGUCCUGAGGCUAGCCGCCGCUUUCCUGAGGACGCAAUACACACUCGGACGUACCAACUACUUCCCUCCGCAGCUCAAUGACUUCGACCUGGAGCAAUAUUUCGUCGACCAUCUAGUCGGCAGCGGAGGGUUCUUCCUCGUCGUCACCAGGAAGGGGAAGAUCGUCUACGUUAGUCGACAAGUGGAGCAGCACCUCGGUCAUGUCCAGAGCGAGCUGCUGGGUGAGACGCUGUACAAGUUCGUUCCUAAGCGCGAGCGCAGAAGGCUCGCGAGGAGACUGACGCCCGACGGCAUGAAGCCGAUUUACCCGUCGUCGGAGACGGUUGGAGACGACGUCCAAGCGGAGUCCGAGCAGAUCCACGAUAGAACAGGCUCGUCCGAGGAGGAGGACGAGGCGGCCGAUUCGAGGACGACCGAGGAGGGGAUCAGCGAGAUACCCAAGCCGUUCCGCGAUCAGCGGCGGUUCUUCCAGAUCCGCUUGUCGCAGCGCACCGUCUCGAAGCGUGAGCAGAAGCAGUACGAGCGUUUCGACGUCUCGGGGGUGCUCCGGCUGGCCGACUCCUGCAAGAACGAAGACUCCAAGCAUCGGGAGAGUACCACCAACGACAUCGUCUUCGCCGGCGUGGUGACCGUACCGAAAAAACGAUCCAUCACCGAGCUGUCGAUAUUGGACGCCAAUAAGAGCGAGUACGUGACGCGGCAUCUGCUCGACGGGCAUAUCAUCUACUGUGAUCACAGGGUGUCGAUGGUCGCCGGGUACAUGUCGGAGGAGGUGACGGGUGCGAACGCGUUCAAGUUUAUGCACAAGGACGACUACAAGUGGACGAUACUCGGCCUACGGCAAAUGUACGAUCAUUCCGAACCGUACGGCAUGUCGUGCUACAGAUUGCUCACGAAGACCGGAACCUACAUUUUCCUGCGAACGAACGGCUAUUUGGAGUACGAUAAGGAUACGCAAAAGAUGAUAUCCUUCGUGUGCAUCAACACUUUGAUAUCGGAGAAGGAGGGCAUCAAAUUACUGAAAGAAAUGAAAGACCGAUACUCUAGUAUGAGCGAAACUAACAGCCUCUUCCUUCAGGAUGUCGAAGAGGUCAGCUCGCCGGACUCCUCACCGGGCGUCCCGAGCCCGUCAUCCUCCAAGUCGGACAGCGAGGAUUACUCGAGGAUACUGGAACACCGGAUCGCCUUCUUGAUCAACGGCAUAUCCUCGCCGGUGAUCUCGAAGGAGUGCUACUCGCAAGUGCCGGACGUGCAGUACACGAAGACUGUCCCAUUGCCUGGCAUCCCGCCGAGCCCCACGCAGCGCAGCAGGACCUGCGACAACGGCAAGGGCAACCACUACAACCGUUACCUCCAAGAGAAGGAGCACCACAUGCAGGUGAAGCAAGAGCCCAAGUACAUGAGCGAGAAGCUGCUCAGCCCCGACGGCGCGAGCCAGGGCUCGAUGUCGGACCCGGAGGACGUGAAGCCGCCGAGCGGGGCCCUGCUGAGGUCCGACGACGUGAACGUCGUCGGCCACAGCGGGCGCAACAACAACAUCCAGGGUGCGACCUACGUGCAGUCGACGGUGCUGGUCGCGCGCAAGCCCGGCACGAAGUCGCGCAGAUCUCACAGUUACACCGCGUGCCUGGACACCGCUCGGCACGCGAGCAGGAUGCCGUCGGGCAUCCUGUACGGUGGCGUCGCGGGCGGCAUCAAGGUGGAGCCCGACGUCGACAGGUUUAGCUGCAAGCGGUCGUCGAUGCUGCAGUACUUCGGCGACGACGACGGCGCCGUUGGGAUCGGUGGUAUGCGCGAGCAGUGGCCGCUGAAGAGGAUAUCCAGCGAGGAAGACCUGCAGACGAUGCAGACGAAGAAGAGACUCGGCGAGCCGUACGCCUCGACGAGCGCGGCUGACGAGUGCCGGGACUACGCCGGUCCCUUCCCAGUGGCACUCUCGGUCUCGAGCUCGUUCAACGAUCUACGCAACGGCACCGACGCGCAGCAAUUGCCGACGACGGAAUCGGCCGGGGUAGGCCCGUCCGACGCCAGCAGUUAUCAGCAGCUGAUGGAGACGCCCGCCACGACGUCACCCGCAGUCGCGAAUCCGGAGCUCGGCGUGCUGCUGGAACUAAAAGACGACCUGCUGCUGAGCUCAGACCUGGAGGCAAAUCCAGAGCUUAUGAUGAAGAUAUUCGACACCUUCAAUCAUGGAUCCACAACGAACUUCGACGAUAAUCCCGUCAAAGCAAACGUACAGCAACUGGUACCCGACGAACAACAGGUUAAUGACGAGAUAAGGCGCACGUAUCACCAGCUGGCGAACAACAUGGCGUUGUGCGAGUCCCAGAUCAACGUGCUGGCGCGCGACUUCGAGAAUCCGGCCCUCUGCGCCCAGAGGAAGGACUUGUCGCAGAUACAAGCGGAGCACAACAUUCAGAAGCAGAUGCUCAGGACGUUGCAGCAAGACCACCGCAAGAUGCAGGUGAAGAAGCAGAACAUCGAAGUGUGAACGCUGUGACGAUAGGGUCUCAUGGAGCUUCGCAGAUCACUUCCGAGAGGUCGAGCGCGGGCUUAGAAAUAGAGAAUGCUAUCGCUGUGCGCGCUAUAACGAGUAAGAAACGAAAACUCGAGCUUUAAACAUUAUUUUAUUAUUUUCGAGAAAGAAAAAGAGAAGCUAGAAAAGCUGAAGGUAUGUAUUCGCGGCGUACGUGCAAUGUGUGCGUGAUAUCUCGCGUUUCGUGUCGUGGGACUUUCUUGUUUCCGUGUUAACGAUCGAUCGGUCGCGCUUCGAGGAAAUCUGCGUCCCGAGCGGGACGAAGAACCGUCGUCGUCAGCCCCAGCUGUGCGCAGCGAUGGAAACUUGCGAUCGACACGGGCGAUCUGCGAACGUGCGGAAGCGCCGGACGGCCCGCCUGCGACGUUGACCAGUAAUUGAACCGAAGCAGUCUGCUUCGUGCGUUUGCUUUGGCGUCUCCGAGCGCAAGUGGAGGAAACGCGAUUGGAGGAUCGGAGAAGAGACUCGCGCUGAACCAGCGUUCAGCUGGUUGGUUGGCUCGAAUGGUUGGUGACGCGCAUAAAUAUCUUCUUCGGUCCCCUCAUUUUUUUUCCUCGACUUCGCGCGACCAAGGCGGAUUCUGUUAAAAACGCGCCACGUUUUGUUACCUGAGACUACUACGCAGAGACCGUGUUGGCAAGCGGUCGGAGUUACGAAGUAACGGUUGCUCCUCGGAAUUGCAGAUUACCUGCGACGACUGAGUGUUACGCAGUUGACAAUUUUAAAGGUUUACAAUAAUGAACUUUUUUGUAUCUAUAGCAUAUAUACAUACAUACAUACAUACAUACAUAUAUAUAUAUAUAUUAUAUUCGAUUUUAACGCGGCACAGAGAUUCGGUGCGGCACCUUCCUCGCAACUAAUUCACUUGCUCGCCAAUUAUGUCCGGCCGAGCUUAAACUACCUCUGCGAUUAACGCAAGUAUCGGAUGGACGGACAAGACCAGAUUCUCGAUUUCUAUUCGGUUGUUGCAAGUUGUCUCAUCAACCUUUCCCCCUAAGCGGUUCCUGCAACGAGAAUUUAAGGCACAAACUUUGAGCUGCAAGAAAUCGAUCAGUCGAUUUCUUAUGAUUGAAAUUUUCUAGCUCUCCAGCUCUCGUUGUGGAACCUCGUCUUACGGCGUCACAGAUUAGUAACAUAAUACUCAGGAUGUGCUAUUUAUCUUUUUUUGUUAUUAAUCAGGCGAAUCAAUCGACGACAAGUGCGAAGUCGCGGGGAAACGAUUCGGCGAUUUUCAGCUCGCACGAGGUUCCAAUUCAUCCCGAUUAUGCCGCGUGAUUUUUAUUGUAUUUGUAACGUCCACGUGGACGUGGGAUGCGAGAUGCUUAGAGAAUGUCUAUGGGGUUGCCACGCACCUACACAUACACACGCACAUAUACAUACGUACUACACAUACACGAUACGUGUGGGAUGGGAUUUAAUUUUACAACUGCAUGUACCUGACCUCCACUUAAAUGCUCUGUAACGCUUGUGAGUUAAGAAUUCAAUUUACGUUGUUAAGAAAAUGACAAGAAAUAUAAAUCUUUUCAGUCUCACUAAUAA